AUGUCGGCAGACCAAGCUCUGAGUGCCGCUCUUGGCAAGGUCACUUUGCAAGACAACCCCUCACCUGUUCCUCCCUCCCUUCCGGCUUCGAGUCCAGAACCCAACCCAUGGCAAGAAACCACUGCGGACACUCCUGUGAACCAUGGGCCAAAGGAUCCAGAUCUCUCGCAGCUCGACCCGCAAGCCACGCAAGGGCUGGCAGCCUCUCCAGAGUUGAUUGUCGCACCGCUUCCUCCCGUGAAGCCGGAAGUUCUUGCUGAGUUCGAUCCAUUAGCCAACGCGGAGGAGAAAGAAGCGCGGAGGGCUUGGGCAAGCUCUGAAAGUCACCCACCACCACCACCACUCCCGGAUAAGGAUCCCUCUGCUCCCCAACCUUCCGCCGCUGCGACCCGAACUUUUGCACUGCCAAUCUCAAGGGCACAAAGCCUCGCUCCAUGGAUUCGGCGGCUGCAGUACCGUCUCCGGCUACAUUGUCCUCGUUCGCCAAACAGCAAACCUCCCCAGCGCUCGCUUCUUCCAAUGGGGUCACUGGGGCGAGCACUCCUCCGACGGCCAGUGGGAGUGGACGAAGCACCCAUCCGGAAGGCCAAGGACCAUGAUCCGUCGCAAUUCGACUUCCAGAGGUUUCUCGACCAGAUGAAGAUGAAACAGGCCGAGCCUGUGGCUAAAUACUUGCGGUCGUAUGUUCUUGGGCAACUUCGCCAAACGACAUUCACUGUGAACGAUCAAGUUAAGCUCAUCAAUGAUUUCUUGAACUUCAUUGCCACCCGCAUGCGUGAAUGCGAGUUGUGGAGGAACACAUCUGAGGUAGAGUUUGACAACGCCAUGGAGGGAAUGGAGAAGCUAGUGAUGAACAGGCUUUACGACUUCACUUUCACCCCUCAAGUAGCUCGUGCCGUACCCCCACGCCCCAUCACAACCGACGAUCUGGAACGUGACCGUGUCUUGGCCCAACGAAUAGCUCUAUUUGGAUGGCUUGAGGCGUCACAUUUAGAUGUUCCUGAAGGAGAUGGUAGCGAGGGUUUCCUGAUGUUUGCGCAACAAGAGCUAUUGAAGAUCAACCACUACAAAGCGCCACGCGACAAACUGAUCUGUAUUCUGAACUGUUGCAAGGUCAUCUUCGGUUUAAUUCGACAUCUGCGUAGGGAUGAGGGCGCUGACACUUUCGUGCCAAUUCUCAUCUAUAUCGUCAUCAAAGCGAACCCUCCUCAUCUCCUCUCGAAUGUCGAAAAUCCGACGAAGCUAACGAGUGAGGCGGGAUAUUAUCUCUCCAGUCUAAUGGGUGCUGUAUCAUUCAUAGAGACCAUGGACCAUACCUCGCUGUCUAAUAUCUCUCAAGAAGAAUUUGAGAGAAACGUGGAGGAAGCAAUCCAAUCGCUACCAAGCACGGAGUCACAAACACCGGAGCGCGCAAUGACUCCAGGGUUGGAACAUGUCACUUCCCUUCCCUUAUCGUCGUCUUCAAAUUCGCAUGCUGGAGAAGAAUCCGCACAAGUUCUUUCAAUGCCAGCUCCAACACCAGGUUCGACCCUUGGUGACGACGCCCGACGGUUGUUGCAGAAGACAGGCGAUACAAUGUCAAAGCCAUUGAGCGCAAUCAGUCGAAUAUUCAACGAGGUCCUUGACGGUGCCGAAGAUGCAUUAUCCUACCUCCCCGGUCCUUUCGCUCCCCUCGAGCUCGGACGUGAACAGCAGCAGCAACUGCAGUAUACGCAAGAUUCACAUUCCGCGUACCCGCAGACGUACCUUCCGCAGACACCCAACGGUACAAGCCAAGGAGAAUACCAGCCUCCACUGCAGACCCCAUACAAGCCGCGCGUGCGUCGUGGCUCACCCGCACCUAGUAUCCGCUCCGCAUCCUCCGCGCAGUUCCCGUACAUACCACCAACGCCUGGGCAAGACGUCGAGGACACGCCGACACGAUUCCGCGCACAGAGCGUUGGCCCGCCGACGAACCGCCCACUCGCUAUUGGGCCCUCGGUCCCAGCGCGCCCGCAGCACCUGCAGGACCCACGCGUCGCAGCGCUCGCGGGGCAGGACCCGGGCAGUAACCACGUGUCACGAACACCAACGCCGAACCUAGACAUCGCGGGCUUGCAAGACGAGAUCGACCGCGCGCAUGAGAAGGCGGCCGUGGCGGCGCGUGAGACCCUGCGGCAGAUCUUCCCAUCGACAGACAUAGAGGUCGUGGACUGGGUUCUGGAGGCGAACGAGGGCGAUUUGGGGAAGAGUAUCGAGGCGUUGCUGGAGAUGAGUAGCGGGAGCUAG